ACUGGUCCAAAUCGAUCGAUUUCUUGUUACAUGAUUACAUUAUGCUAGCAAUCAUCAAGGUUCCAUGAUCUACAAUAUAUUUCAUGGAAGUAGUUUUUCUUCUCGGCUUACCACAAAUAUGACAACGAACAUGUGCGUAAAUAUUAAGAAGUUUCAAGUAAUCGGAGCAAAACAAAGUAAAUAUGUUAUGAAUCAGAAGAUAAGAAUAUGGAGGGCCAUUCCCAAAAGUUGUAAACAAUUGUAGGUGGAACAGUUGUUAUUCUACUAAGACGAAAAAGGAGUCAUUAUAAAUUAAAUAUAUAAAUUUUCUAUAUAAGUUUUCUAUGGUUUAGUAACAUCUUGUGUUUGUUUUCCUUCUAAUUUACAAUUAGUGUAAUAUCAGCAUAACGAGUUAGCCAUGUUCCACUGUAUUUUUUUGAUAAGGUCUCCAAGUUCCGUCAGCGAAAUGUUUACGCACGACUUUGCCUCAUUUUUUGAGGCUCAAACCAAGGCAACAGCUGUCGCCGGGUAAACACAAAAUGAGCCACAUAAAUUGUCACAAUGCCAGCUUUUAUUUUUCCGCCAAUUUAGAGAUUUUCUAUAAAAGCGUAUUUUAGAUGUGGAACUGAACUUAGUUAGUUAAAGACCAAAUUUGACAAUACAAUGCGUGCCUAUUUGCUGCUUGCCCUUUUUGGAUGUGUGCUCUUGGCCACAGUGUCCGCAAAUCCGGUGGAUAUCGACGACUUGGAGGACUUCGAGGAGGAGAAACGAAUUGCCGAUGAGCAGGAUAAUAAGGAUAAGGAUAAGGAUGACGAGAAGGACGAGAAAGAUAAGAAGGACGAGGACGAGAAGGACGAUGAGGACGAUGAGGAUACAAAUGAACCAGAGUCCGACGACGAGUCAGAGGAACCCGAGUCCCAGGAUGAUAGCUCUGAUGAUGAAUCCCAAAACAAUGAUGAAUCCCAGAACAAUGAUGAUUCCGAAAGCGACGAAAGCAACCAGAACAAUCAAGAAGAGUAACUCUAAU